UUUUUUUUUGUUUUGCUUUGGUAGACACGUGAAUUGAUUUGAUUUUUUCAAUUUUUUUCUGAAUUUUUUCGAAAAUUAAUCAACAAAAAAUGGUUGAUAUACAACAAUUUACCGAUUAUGUUUAUCGUUUUCCUGAUGUUCAACAUAUUGAUCAAACAUUAUCGGUCCUAAAGAUUCAAAUCGAAUCGAUUAAUGAAAAUGAAAUCAAUUUUGAUAUUAUUGGAUUGAAACCAUUUUUUGUCAACACAAUUCGACAAUUAAUUUUGAAUGAAAUUCCUACAAUGGCUAUCGAAGAUGUUUAUUUUCAGGAAAAUACUUCUACAUUAUUUAAUUGUGAUUAUAUUGCACAACGUUUAGCAUUAAUACCGAUUGUUGCCAAUCCAAAUGAUUUUAAAUUUCGCAAUAAAAAUGAUCCGGAACGUCUUAAUUCAAAUAAUUGUAUUGUAAUGAAAUUGAAUAGAAAAAAUACCAGUUCGCAAACGAUUAAAGUAUAUGCUGAAGAUAUUAAAUGGGAACCGAUGGGCGCGAGGCAACAUUUAUUAUCACCAAUUACAUUACUUUAUCCUAAAAUACCGAUAAUGUAUUUGAAACCAAAUGAAGAAAUUAUUUGUCGUUUACAUUGUGUAAAAGGUCGUGGUUUAGAUCAUAUGAAAUUUAGUCCCGGAUUUGCACGUUAUUAUUUUCAUUCACAAAUUACAUUGAAAGAUAUAAAAACUAUUUCAACCGAAACAGUUCAACGAAUAAAAUCAUCAUUUCCCGCUGGUGUAAUUGAAACAAAAAUUCGUCCAGAUGGUCGUAUCAUACCGAUUGUUGCAAAUGAACGUCUUGAUCAUCAUACAAGAAGUUUUAAAAAUUUUGAAGAUGUCGCCAAUGCUGUACAGGUGAAAUAUUAUCGUGAUCAUUUAAUUUUUAUAAUCGAAAGUUAUGGUGUUAAAAAUCCAGCCGAAAUGUUUAUCAAUGCUUUGGAUAUUUUUCAAUAUAAAAUUAAAAUAUGGGAAGAACGAAUUCGUCGUAUUAAAACAGAAUCAGAAACAAAAUCCAAAUCGAAUGAUUAAUGUUUUUUUGUUUUUGAAAGUUUUCAUUUUUUUU